UGCUACUGUAUGCAGUAGGAACAGCGUCAAAACUUACAGUACUUCCAAACAUUAACUCGAGCUCUAAGUGGCCUUUGCUAUUGAAUGGAACAGAAGGAGAGAGAGCCGGUAAGAUGACAGCUCGCCUCUGAGUUGAUGAAUAUCACCCUGAGGUUGAUGUAAUUCACCUGUGCUGCUGGAAUAAAAAGAGGCUCAGAUGCUUCAGGAUGGAAGAGGCUCAUCCCAGCCUGAGCUCGGUUUCAGACUCUCUGGAAGCAGACAGUGAGGAGCUCCAGCUCAGAGCGGACUUCUUCAGGAAACUGGGUUACAAUGUAGCAGAGGUGAAAGCUGCUUUGAGGAAGCUGGGCUUAAGCACGGACACCAAUGCAGUACUAGGAGAGCUGGUUAGGAGCAGAACCAGCACUGCACCUUGCAUUUCCAGCUCUGACAGUGAUGACAGGAACACGAGCCAAAAAGACCCUCUGAUGCCUCCCAGUUGGGCUCUUGGGCCCUGCAGAAUCACACCACAACUGUGCGACCAAAGAAAUCCAGAUGAAGAACUGAGGCCUAUCGUUAUUGACGGCAGCAAUGUUGCCAUGAGUCAUGGCAACAAGGAAGUGUUCUCAUGCCGAGGCAUACAGCUGGCUGUAAACUUCUUCCUAGACAGAGGUCAUACUAGCAUUACUGUGUUUGUUCCCAGCUGGCGCAAAGAGCAGCCCAAAGCUGAUGCUCCUUUGACAGAUCAACACAUUCUGUUGGACCUUGAGAAAAGGAAAAUAGUUGUCUUUACUCCAUCACGCCGCGUCGGGGGCAAGCGAGUGGUUUGCUAUGAUGACCGCUUUAUUGUCAAGUUGGCAUAUGAGUCAGAUGGAGUAAUCGUAUCCAAUGACACCUAUCGUGACCUCCAAGGAGAAAGACCUGAGUGGAAGAAAUGCAUUGAAGAGAGGCUCCUCAUGUACUCCUUUGUGAAUGACAAGUUCAUGCCCCCAGACGACCCUUUGGGUCGCCAUGGCCCCAGCCUUGACAAUUUCCUUCGGAAAAAGCCUCGUCCUACGGAGCAAAAGAGACAACUCUGUCCAUAUGACAAAAAGUGCACUUAUGGCAUAAAGUGUAAGUUCUACCACCCUGAGCGAAUAAAUCAGUCCUAUCUAUCCUUGGCUGAUGAAUUGCGAGAGAAAGCCCAGAUUUCUACUGCAAAAGAAGACAGAAAUGCCAGAUUAUCACCCAGACAGCUUCAGUCUGAUCCUGCACCUGCUCAAAAUGCCUAUUCUCAUCCUCGAGACUCUGACACAGAGCUCAAAAGAGACCAGCAGAGUUCUUCACCCCCUCAUCAGGUUAGUGAAAAUAAGCUGCUGUACUGGGAGGAUCCUAGAAACAGUCCAAAUCACACAGCAUGUUCUGUAACAGGAACCCAGCAUCAGAAAGAGUGGCCUGGGCUCCACUUAAUGCCAAGUCAUUACUAUGCCAACAUGUCUCAUGACUACCUAGAUUCUGGCCUUGGCUCUUUUGACAGCCAGUACUCUGACAUUGCGCAUUCUGUCAGCAACUCAAACAGGCUCAGGCCGCAGCAUCAGAGUGCUCUUCCUGGACCCCAAAAUUCACCAGUGCCCUUAGAGAAAAAUAAUGCCAACCAGCCCUGCAAGUGCUGUUCCCAUUCAGUGUCCUCAACAGCUCACCAGCAACUUCAUGGGAAUAUGGACUCUCAGGCACAACCCAAAUUCAACACCUAUCACCCACAUGUCCUUCAACCCACUGCAUCCCACCAAUGCAGCCUCCCCAGCCAUUUCCAAUAUAGUAGAGGCACCCAUCUUCAGCAAAAUUACUGGUCAGAUCCCUUUCAGGGGCUGCCACAAGCCAGGACAUCAAAUAGUCUUCCUUCUUCAAUUCAUCCUUCACACUGCCACGGUUCGUGCGGCUCUAGCAAUGGUCAUCAGUACCACUCAUGGGGUCAACAACCAUCUUCCGCUGCAUUUGACCCACAAAGGUUAGAACUCCGCAAGAAGCUGCAAGCCAUCUUCAACCCUCACCUGGUGGAUACUGUCAUGGAAAUGUUUCCACAUCUGAUGAAUGCUGAGAAACUAGCUGUAGAGAUACUGAACCUGAAGGCUCAAAGAGAAUUUUUCUGAUUAUUCUUCUCUCAUAAAUACUUGCAUUUAUCUAAAUAUCAUCCUUUAACAGUAGAGAGAAUCUCUUCAGAAGCUUGCAUAGUGCCUAUAGGUGAAUGGUUUGAAAAUUAUUACUAAUUCUGUGCAAUUUGCCAUUAUCCUGUAAUUUUUUUUAUUUAUGAAUGAUCUAGUUAAUCUGUUGUAAGUUGUAUGUGUUUUUAUAGCACUGGGGUAAUAUGUCUUUGUCAUCCAUGUUUUGGAUAAAAAGUGCCUCUAGAUGGAAAAUGGUUACAAUUGAGUUCCUAGAGUUUUGACUGUUCAUGCAUAUUGCAUCCAAUGUGAUCUGUUUUAAGUUCUCAUGAAAUAACGUAUUGCUGUACUACUUGUUACUUUUAAUGUCAGUUCUCCAGAAC